GUGCUGGAUGGUCUGCUGGCCCAAUAUGGAACCGUUGAGAACUGCGAACAAGUGAACACAGACAGUGAGACUGCGGUGGUCAACGUCACAUAUGGAACUCGGGAACAUGCCAGACAGGCUAUCCAGAAGCUGAACGGCUACGAGUUUGAGAACAAUUCCUUGCGCGUCUCCUACAUCCCAGAUGAGACGUCCGAUGUCGACUCCCAACGCGGCCAGGACAACAGUCGUCGCCCCGGUUACGGGUCCCGCGGCCCCCGUGGAGGUUCCCCGGGCUCAGGCAUGCCUUCGAAACACCAGCACGCUGACAUCCCCCUCCGACUCCUGGUGCCCACCCAAUACGUGGGGGCCAUCAUCGGCAAGGAGGGUGCCACCAUCCGCAACAUCACCAAACAAACCCAGAGCAAAAUUGACGUCCAUCGCAAAGAGAAUGCCGGCGCAGCUGAGAAGCCAAUCAGCAUCCACUCCACCCCUGAGGGCUGCUCCUCUGCCUGCCGUAUGAUCCUGGACAUCAUGCAACAGGAGGCUAAGGACACCAAGACUGCUGAGGAAGUACCCCUGAAGAUCCUGUCUCACAAUAACUUUGUAGGCCGACUGAUCGGCAAGGAGGGGCGCAACCUGAAAAAAGUGGAGCAGGACACCGACACCAAGAUUACCAUCUCCCCACUCCAGGACCUGACCGUGUACAACCCAGAGAGGACCAUCACAGUGAAGGGACCCAUCGAGGCCUGUUGUCUGGCCGAGACAGAGAUCAUGAAGAAAGUGCGUGAGGCCUAUGACAAUGACAUGGCCGCCAUGAAUCAACAGACUCAUCUGAUUCCCGGAUUGAACCUUGGAGCGCUUGGACUUUUCCCC